UGCCAUAUUUUUGCGACUGAUCUGGUUGCUCUACUAGUGCAGAAAAAAGCAUGUUUUGGCGCAAAAAUUGUGAAAUUAGUCAGAGUUAAAACAAAGUGCAUUGUAAUUUUUCACAAACUAAUUAUAUAUUAACCGGAAAUAAUAUGAAAUCUAAUAAAUUAUUUGUUCUUAAACGAGAUGGACGCAAGGAAGAGGUACAUUUCGAUAAAAUAACAUCACGCAUACAAAAGCUAUGUUAUGGCUUGAACAUGGAUUUUGUUGAUCCAGUAGCCAUUACACUGAAGGUAAUUAAUGGCCUUUACUGUGGUGUUACUACACAAGAACUGGACAAUUUGGCGGCAGAGACCGCAGCUACAUUAACUACAAAUCAUGGCGAUUAUGCCAUAUUGGCAGCUCGCAUUGCUGUCUCCAAUUUGCACAAAGAAACGAAAAAAGUAUUCUCAGAGGUUAUAAGUGAUCUGUAUCAUUUUGUUAAUAAAGAGACAGGGAGACCAUCGCCUUUGAUAUCCGAAUACCAUUACAAUGUAGUGCAGAAAAAUGCAGAACGUUUGAAUUCGUCAAUUAUUUAUGAUCGUGACUUUGGCUACAACUACUUCGGCUUCAAAACACUGGAGAGAUCAUAUUUGCUAAAAAUGAAUGGUAAGAUUGUUGAGAGACCACAGCAUAUGUUAAUGAGAGUAGCUAUAGGUAUACAUGGAGACGAUAUUGAUUCGGCUAUUGAAACUUAUAAUUUGUUGUCUGAGCGUUAUUUUACCCAUGCGUCGCCUACAUUGUUCGCGGCUGCUACCAAUAGACCUCAGUUGUCGUCGUGUUUCUUAUUGACCAUGGUGGCCGAUUCUAUUGAGGGUAUUUUCAAGUCAGUGGAACAAUGUGCCAUGAUAUCCAAAUCGGCGGGUGGUAUUGGCAUAAACGUACACUGCAUAAGGGCCAAAGGCACUUCCAUUGACGGCACAAACGGCACCUCAAAUGGUCUGGUACCAAUGCUCAGGGUGUUUAACAAUGUAGCCCGCUAUGUUGAUCAGGGUGGUGGCAAACGCCCUGGUGCCUUUGCUAUUUAUUUGGAGCCUUGGCAUUCAGAUAUUUUUGAAUUUUUGGAUUUAAAGAAAAAUACCGGCAAGGAAGAGCAUAGAGCCAGAGAUCUUUUCUAUGCUCUGUGGAUACCCGACUUGUUUAUGAAACGUGUGGAAGAAAAUGGUGACUGGUCCCUAAUGUGUCCACACAAAUGUCCCGGUCUGCAGGAUGUUUGGGGUGAGGAGUUCGAAGAAUUGUAUACCAAGUAUGAAAAAGAAGGAAAAGCCAAUCGUACCGUCAAAGCUCAGGCUCUUUGGUUUGCUAUAAUUGAAGCUCAAGUUGAAACCGGUACACCCUAUAUGUUGUACAAAGAUGCUUGCAACCGCAAAAGCAACCAGCAAAACAUUGGCACCAUUAAGUGCAGCAACUUAUGCACAGAGAUUGUAGAAUAUUCUGCCCCUGAUGAGAUAGCUGUUUGUAAUUUAGCCUCCAUUGCCCUUAAUAUGUUUGUCACGCCAGAAAAGACCUUUGAUUUCAAAAAAUUGAAAAAUGUUACAAAAGUUAUUACCAAGAAUCUCAACAAAAUCAUCGACAUCAACUUUUAUCCCUUGCCCGAAGCUAGAAAGUCCAAUUUGCGUCAUCGUCCUAUUGGUAUAGGUGUUCAGGGUUUUGCCGAUACUUUGAUUUUAAUGCGUUACCCCUAUGAGAGUGAAAAGGCAUUUUUGUUAAAUCAACAGAUUUUCGAAACUAUUUAUUAUGGCGCUUUGGAAGCUAGUUGUGAAUUGGCCGAAAAAGAUGGCACAUAUGAAACUUAUCCCGGCUGUCCAGUAAGUAAGGGUAUACUACAAUAUGAUAUGUGGAAUAAAACACCCACAGACUUGUGGAACUGGUCAGAGUUGAAGGAGAAAAUCAGUAAACAUGGUGUACGCAAUUCUUUGCUAUUAGCCCCAAUGCCCACAGCUUCGACCGCACAAAUUCUAGGCAACAAUGAAUCGUUUGAACCGUACACCUCCAAUAUUUACACUAGACGUGUUUUGUCGGGAGAAUUCAAUGUUGUCAAUCACCAUUUGCUUAAAGAUUUAACCGAACUUGAUUUAUGGGAUGAUGAAAUGAAAAAUAAAAUUAUUUCCAAUCGAGGCUCCAUACAAGCCAUAGAAGAAAUACCCAAACAUAUACGUGAUCUAUACAAAACAGUUUGGGAGAUUUCCGUUAAGACCACCAUACAAAUGGCUGCCGACCGUGGUGCUUUCAUAGAUCAAAGUCAAUCCUUCAAUAUACAUGUGGCCGAGCCAAAUUACGGCAAAUUGACCUCCAUACAUUUCUAUGCCUGGAAAUCAGGCUUAAAGACCGGCAUGUAUUAUUUGAGAACAAAACCAGCCGCCAAUGCUAUUCAAUUUACCGUAGAUAAAGGUCAUACAGCUGUUCAAAACGAGAGUCAAGUGCAGGCCAAUGGCGAUCAUGAAGAAAGUAUUCUCAAUGCAUCGUCAUCGUCGCUAAACAAUGAAUCGGUUAGAGAAAAAAGAAUGGCCGAAAUGGUUUGUUCUCUAGAAAAUAAGGAGGCCUGUAUGUCGUGUGGCUCAUAAUUUAAGGUUAACAUACAUAAUUUAUUUUAUAACAUUUUUUUCUACAGAAAUACAUUUUUGAAAAAUAAAUACAUAUUAAAUUUA